CUUUUCUUCUUCAUGUUACCCACACACACAAUGUCUUCAGCUGCAACUUCAAAAAACCCUAAAAAUGUUUACCACAUCGGCGGGAUUCAAGUCGAGUUUCCGUACCAACCUUACGGGACGCAGCUUGCAUUCAUGUGCAGAGUCAUAUCUACGCUCGAUCGAGCCAAGAGAGACGGUCACUGCCAUGCAUUGCUCGAGUCACCCACCGGUACCGGAAAAACGCUGUCCCUGCUUUGCUCCACCCUCGCUUGGCAACAGUCCUACAAAUCGAAGAAUUGUUCGCCGUCGAAACCUGCACCGGAGGCGUUUACCGAUCCCCUUGGUCACGGCGGUGGUUUUAUCCCUGAAUCACAGUCUCCCAGUGUUUUACUGUCAGGAAAGUCAGGCGCAGCUCAGUCCGAAUCAAAUGACAAGACUGCGAAGACACCUACAAUAUAUUACGCCUCGAGGACCCAUUCACAGAUUUCCCAAGUGAUUCGUGAAUACAAAAAAACUAGUUAUCGGGUGCCAAUGGCAGUUUUGGCUUCACGGAAACAGUACUGCACAAAUCCGCUUGUAAACAGAAAGGACAACCUCGAUGAAGAAUGCAAGUUGCUUUUAAGGAACAAAGAUGAAGGAUGCCUCCAAUUUAAAAAUAUGCAUAAAGUUAAAGGCCACCCUUCAGUUCAGAAAGGAGGUUGUCAUGAGGCCCAUGAUAUUGAAGAUCUUUUGAAAGUUGGACAUAUUGUUAAAGGUUGUGCUUACUAUGCAGCACGUGCUAUGUCAGAUUUUGCGGAAUUGGUUUUCUGCCCAUACAGCUACAUUAUCAAUCCUGUUGUUCGGGGUGCAAUGGAUGUAAAUAUUACUGGAGCCAUCAUAAUUCUGGAUGAAGCUCACAAUAUGGAGGAUAUUGCUCGCGAUGCUGGUAGUGUGGACAUAGAAGAAGAUAUCUUACUCAAACUAGUGCAACUUUGCUCAAUAGAUGCAAUGGUCUACCAACCUCUAAGGGAAAUGGUAGAGGGGCUUGUGGAAUGGAUGGAUAUGAGGAAAGAUGGAUUGGAAAAGCGUGAAUUUCAGCACUACUUAUCCUGUUGGACUGGUAGUGAAGCUUCAAAACAACUCCAAGAAGCCAACAUUUCACAGAAAUGCUUCCCAAUCUUGCUGGAAUGUGCAACAAAGGCAAUCAAAGCAGCUACAGAUUUGGAGUCUGAUGUACCUCAUUUAAGCGGAAUGUCAGUCAUAACUUUAGAAGGACUAUUUUCAUCUCUGACAUAUUUCUUCUCAAGAAAUGGUUCUCACAUAUUGGAUUAUCAGCUUGCUCUGCAACGCUAUGUUAAAAGAGACAGCAAAAAUGGUUCUAGCAACUGGACAUGUUCCUUAAGUUUAUGGUGCAUGAAUCCAUCUGUUGUGUUCAGAGACAUUGCUGAUCUUUCUUUGUCCAUCAUUUUAACAUCUGGGACAUUGUCACCCAUGAAUUCUUUCUCAUCUGAGCUUGGAGUUCAGUUUGAAACUUGUUUGGAGGCUCCACAUGUAAUUGAUGUUGAAGCACAGGUGUGGACUGCUGUAAUCUCAAAUGGUCCUGGUAAUUAUCCAUUGAAUGCUAGUUACAAAACAGCAGAUGCAUAUGAAUUUCAGGAUGCACUUGGCAAAUCCCUAGAAGAAAUUUGCAAGAUUGUUCCAGGUGGCUCUCUUGUAUUUUUCCCAAGUUAUAAGCUGAUGGGAAAACUUUGUAAUCGUUGGCGUGAAACAGGCCAAUGGUCACGACUUAACAUGAGAAAGACCCUUUUUGUUGAGCCACGAGGGGGAAACCAAGAAGAGUUUGAAACUACUUUAAAGGGUUACUAUGACUCUGUUUGUGGACAAAGCAAGCCUCCAAAUGGGAGAAAAAAAAGGGUUAAGGCAACAGAUAGUAAUGCUAUUGUGUCAUCAGAAAUUUCAAAGAACGGAGCUGCUCUUCUUGCAGUGUGUCGAGGAAAAGUGUCAGAAGGCAUUGAUUUUUCUGAUGAUAAUGCUAGAGUGGUUAUAGUCGUUGGCAUUCCAUUCCCAAACAUAAAUGAUAUUCAGGUUGAACUAAAGAAGAGAUACAAUGAUACAUAUAGAUCAUCCAAAAACCUCUUGAAUGGGAGUCAGUGGUACUGCCAACAGGCUUUUCGUGCCCUAAAUCAAGCUAUUGGCCGUUGUAUUCGGCAUAGAAAUGAUUAUGGAGCAAUCAUCCUACUAGAUACACGUUUUCAAGAAGAAAGGAAUAGGGUAUACAUUUCAAAGUGGCUAAGGAAAUCCAUCAGACAGUAUGAAAGUUUUGACAAGUCACUUGAGGGACUAAGAUCCUUUUUCGGAGGAGUUAAGAAUCAGGUUGGCAAAGAUAGGGCUGGUAACAUAAGCAAUUCUGACAUGGAAAAUAUAUCUUCUACAAAACAAAGCAAUGGUUUAACCAAAAAGAAAACUUCAAAAGCAAACCAGUUCUCUAAUGAACUACAUUCUGCAAAAGAAUUUGAUGCCUGUUAUCCCCAACAAAAACUUCAGUGUGCUAUUGCAGUUCAGGCAUGUGUUCAAGCAGAUGAGAGCAAAAAUAGAUGCAGAGAAUCUAUUGACAUCGAAUGUUGUUUUCCUAGUGAUUCAAGGUGCUUGGGUACUUUGCCCACAACAUUCUCUAGUGAAGAUCCAGAAAUAUCGAUGGUGAGGGAAACACCUAGUGUGGACGGUGGUGUGUCUUCAACCAGUCCAGCUUCCUUAUCCAAGAAUGGAAACUCAAGUUCACACAUAACGCAGUCAUCUACCGAAUCUCCAAAUCAAUUUUUAUUUUGUCCAGUGGCUUCAACUAGCCUGGACAAAGAUCCUUCUAGAGAUGAGUCUGUGAUAACAGUCACUCCUCAAAAGGAUUUCACUGAGAACACUUGCAGCUUGAUACCAGGAACAGAAUCUUCUUAUAACCUGAGUGUGAGUUCUCAUACACAGAAAAGGAGGAAGACCAUGGUUUCCCCUGUAAUUGAUGUUUCUGAUGGUGAACUAUCUGAUACACCCGAUGCCCAGGUGGCAGGAUGUUCAAGUUUUAAGAGGAACUUAGAGAUAUUCAGAGAUUCUAGUCGCAGGAUUGAAUUUGGUUUUGAGGCUUGUUCUGCUGAACACAAAUCCAGUAAGAUGAAUGAUUCUCAGUCACUGGCAGUUGAUACCAAUAUGUAAGCUUCCUGCAAAAUUUUUCGAGAUACAAAAGUACUUGAUGAAGCAAAAGUCGCAGUAGCCUCGAACGUAAUUUAUCAAGCUGGCUUUGCCACAAUCCGUUGAUAAACAGCAGUGUAGAUUUGUUUUCUGAUGCUGUCAAUGGAAUGUGCUUUUGAAAUAGUAUUUUGAUGAUUACAAUGUAAAUCCCUGGAUUAUACAAUUAGAAAGCCAUUGGCCUUACAAAUGUUGUGAGCGAUCCCAGUUCUUAAUU